GGCAUCACACGGAGGUUUGGCUGCAGACUGGUCGGGAUCCUUUUCGCCGCCGCGGCCGCUUCAGACGCAUCAGGUCCAGACGAGAGUCACUGAAGACUGAAAGGGAAAGUGAGAAGGAUCAAGACACCCAGAGAUCCCAGGCUUGGUGGCUACAUGCUCAGCUCUCUUUGCUUUUGAGAACAACUAUAACGAAUCAGCAGUAAUCAUGGAUUUUGUAAUGAAACAAGCUUUAGGCGGGGCCACCAAAGACAUGGGUAAGAUGUUGGGUGGGGAGGAGGAGAAGGACCCGGAUGCAGCCAAGAAAGAGGAGGAGCGGCAGGAGGCACUGAGGCAGCAAGAAGAGGAGAGGAAGGCCAAGCACGCCCGCAUGGAGGCAGAGAGGGAAAAAGUACGGCAGACCAUCAGAGACAAGUAUGGGCUGAAGAAGAAGGAGGAGAAAGAGGCGGAGGAGAAAGCAGCCAUGGAGCAGGCCUGCGAGGGGUCGCUGACACGCCCGAAGAAGGCGAUCCCGCGGGGCUGCGGGGAUGACGACGAAGAGGAUGAGGAGAGCAUUCUCGACACUGUCCUCAAGUUUCUUCCAGGACCUCUACAGGACAUGUUCAAGAAGUAAAAGAAAAAAAACAAAACAAAUCAAACGAACCCUAAAUUCAGGGUCCAGUCUGGCUUGGGCUAGGCUGCGGGGCAACGGGAGGCGGGGAUGAUUGCGUUGGGAAAGGGUUGAGUGAACUUGCAGGUUUGGGGAAAAGAGAGACUGGGGGGAUUGGUUCGGGUAUUUGUACGCAGGCAGGGUUUGAGUGUAGAUUCGGGGCACGUAGGAUUUGGGAGGGGGGUUAUUGCCAAACUGUUAGAGGCUACACACUGCCUUUCUAGAAAUCUUUUACUUUGUUCUUUUCUACUCCUCGACGAUUGCGUCAUUCUUCCCCUUUUUAUUUGCCACGAUUGCUGUACAACCUUUCAGCUGCCACUUAGCACAUUUCUUACUAUUAGUACGUUUUGUGUCCUUUUCCUGUUGUUAUUUUUACACAGAUUGAGGCCAGACAUUUCGAUUGGUUGGCCAUCAUCUGUUGCUAAGCAAUGGUGACCAAUGGAGAACAGUAUUCCCUUAAAGAAGGGCAGCGGACGCCUCUGUCCUCUCGCUUUUGUGGUUUUUCAAAUGGCACUGCCACCAUGUUUUCCAGUAGAUGGAGCAUGUUGUGUUUAUUUUAAUAGGUGUUUUCUACUUUUAUGAACCUGGUGUAGGUCUUUAUAUUGAAAAAAAAAAAAGAAAAUCAGCAUUUGAGUUUUUAGGACAUGUGCCUUCAUACCAUCUCCUCCAGCAGAGGAAUUGUAAAUGAGGGUUUCAUUUUCAGUCAGACAAGUGUACAGCAUGUAGACACGCGUUCAAGUAUACUACGUCGGACACUUUUGGAAUAAUGUAUUUGAUAUCAAGUUGGCUAGUUGGCAUGUUUUGGGGUUUCCAGAAGCCAUCAUUCAAAGUAGGUACUUCUGGAAAUCGUGUGAAGGUCCAACAGUUUACAAAACUAUCCAAAAAGAAAUUUUUACAAAAGCUACACUUUCUAAGCCCGUCAGCUAGUUAGACUGAAAAGUUAAAUUUACGAUCUAGAACGUGUCAAGAACUCAUGUCAGUAUAUGAAUUUUCAAUCACAUGGAUUUUAGAAUAGAUUUUACUGAGCUCAAGCUAUCAUCCCUGCAGGCAAACAAGACUCAUUUGACCUUGUUUGAAACCCAUUUGAAAUUACUGCUGUUUUGUCCAGAAAUUACAGAUUUACAAAUUAGACAUCAUGAUUUUAGGUUGUGUGGUCCCCAUAGACAAUCAAAGUAUUGACCACUUGGAAACAGUGGGGGUAGCCGGUACUGUACAUGUUGUCAUAUCCUGUCAUACCAUCUAUGAUUGCUUAAAAGUGGGUUCUACAUUAAGCACUUGAUUAACUGAUUGCUAUUAAGUGUCUCUUAAUUUAAACUAUUUAUUUUUUCUUCUUCAUACAUGAAUGCAAAUGCCAGGCAAUGUCUGGAUUUUAUUUUAUUUUUACUUAACUACUUUUUGUGAAUGUGCUGCCAAUUUCUUUUAAUGCAACUGAAAUUGUGAUUGAAUUCACAUUCCAGCUGAGCUAACCUUUCCACUCACCGUUUAAUGCAAAAGUUCACCUUGAUCAAAGUUCAUCAACAUCAAGACCAAAGAAAUACUGGUGAGACCUUACGAUUUCUUUUGUCACCGCCGAGACAAAGACCUGCAUGCCGAACCUGGUUUUUAUCGUGCGUGCGAGGAAACGCCCGUUCAGUGUGUGCAUGCAUCCCAAAGACCACCACUAAACUAAAAUGAUACUCUCCUAUUUCCUCUAAAAUAUUACAUGGCUAAAUUAAACUAGAUCAUUUAACUGUAGACUGAGCCUGAGAAAAUCGGGCUGUGAGUCAUCGCAUCUCACUGCCUGAAGAGCUCACUUAGAGCCAAGUAUAUUCUGCAUCCUGCAUCUCUUAAUCCAAUGAAAUAUCAUAGUGAUUUGUCAUAUAGCAUUUAAGUAGAUGUGCUGUAAAUGGAAACAAUCUCUAUUUAGUGAAACUACCUUAAUAUAUGGACAUUUAUCAGUAAAACAAAGCAUGUUGGUUAUUCCUAAAUGAUCUGGUGGCUUUUCAGUGGUUAGUUAUGCGACCAUGUAUGAUUAAUACAUUGUUCCACAAGUUUGUAACUUAAAAUAACAUUAAGAUUUGAUAAGACUAUUGAUGGAGUUGGCAUAAGCACUAUAAAAAGCAUUUUCCUUUUUUUUUAUUUUCUAGUUCAGAUAGGACUUUUCACUAGACAAAGCCAUAUUGUUUAGAUUGCAAUAAUUACUUAAAAUUAUUAAAAAAGAGAAUAGUUCAACGUCGAAAGUUAAGUGUCUCAUGUUUGUUUUCUGUAAAAUUAGAGAAAAGAUUUGCAUAUCUGUUUGUAAAUCCUCGCCAUUCUUGUAUCUUUAAAGAUGUAUACGAAUGUAUACACAGAGAAAAUGUAUGUAGAAAAAAGACGCCAUUGUUAUAACUGUCUCAGUGUACUACAUGUGUACUGUAAGUGUGUGUGUGUGUGUGUGUGUUUAUAUGUGUGUGUCUUUCUACAUGUCUGUGACGUGAGACCAUGUUGUUGACUCAUAUAGUCCUGGUUUAUACUACGUAAAUGUGUCUUUGAACUAUUUUGUGCACAGGCUGAAGCUAGGGCGGCUGCCUAGUUGUUGCCAUGUCUAAAGAAAAAAAAAUACUUAACACAUUCCUUUCAAAUGUUGAGCAUGCAAAAUGUUUGGUAGAAAAGAGAAUACACCAAAUAUCAAAAGACAAAAAAAUAGACUAUUUCCUGUUUCUGUAGGAGUCUCCAGGCAACAGAAUCUGUGCAUUGGAUCCAGAAAGGUGAGCUGUGCAAUGGGCUUGUUGAGUGUUCGAUGUUCUUUGUUUUCUGAGAUUUGGUGAAGCUUCAGGCCGUGAUUCCACAGGAGCUUUAGCUGAGACACAGCGCUUGUCUGUGAGUGUACAAAAAAGUCCCAGUUUUGCACUAAAAGUUUGUAGUUGCAGUAGUAGUGCGGUAUCACAUUGGAAAUGUGGCAAAAUUAAGCAUACUCAGAGAUGUCAGACUGAGUUUGCUUGCUUUAUGAGUUGUUGAAGGUAUUCAAUCUUCAGACAAAUAAUAUGCUUUCUUUCUUCUCACAUUGGUGCACAGAAGUCACAGUUAGGUUGAUGUCUGUUGUUACACAAAACAUUUAGAUGAUUUCUUACCAAAUUAGUAUGGUCAAAUACUGUAUGCUUUAUUAUUGCAAGGACGUUCACAAGGCCGGGCUAAAUUUGCCCGGGCAACAGCCUGUUUGCCCCCCUCUGGAAAAGAAAAGGAAGGAAAAAUAAUGUUUUUGUUUGUUGAGGCUGCAUAAAUACAAGUUAGACCAAGUUAAUGCACCAUAUUAUCAAAACUUGUAUUACUUUUUGACACGUACGCAUCACGUUGCGCAAUAUUUUUUAUAUUAUGUUGUCACAUGAACCAAUAUUAGCUAGUUAACAUGAUGGCAGCAGUCUACAUGCAAUAUUGUGCAACAUAACGCAAACGUGACAAGCUGAGGAAGAAGCUCAGUCAUCACAGUAUGGUCAUAUGGUUAGCCUAUUUCCAUGACCACUAACUCCAGUUUGUACACUUUUUUGUGUCCCUUCUGUGAAAUACGAUUGAGACCUGUUGGUUAAGACUAAUUUGCCAGACGAAUUUGAUUUGAACUUGAACUUGUGCCAGUUGGGCUAGAAAUCAUCCUGUGUGCUCACGGCCUGAAAACAUCAACUCUGAGAUUAAUUGAAGGCUUUUUAAAAAGACAAUGGGGGACGUGCAAUUAGAAAAAAGAAAGAAUAGAUACUGUAACUAAAUGAUUUGCUUUUUGAUAAGCUGUAGUACUAAAAAUAAAAUUUUGAUUUAAAUGUAAAAUACAUCAUGCAAAUUGUCAUGUCUCUAUAUAAGAGACCAACCUGCGGAGAGAUUUAUUUUAAUGGAGCCGCUUUGCUCAUUAUCAUACCACCCAUGUUGGAAUAAUGCAUGAGCGUCAGCAACAUAAAUUUAAAUGGUUGCAGUUUUUAGUGCAGCGUGCAUUGUAUGAGUCGUCUGAGGAGAAUUACGGUGAUUUAUUUCAUUUAUUGCAUUAACACAGGGAUUCCCACAAGUCCUCCUGCCAGGUGCCAGGCCAGUUUCACCUACAGCACGUGGAUUAAGUUUAUUCAAGCUUUGUAUCUCCCUGGUGGAUGGGGAAAAGGGGACAUAAAUCCUGGACUAUAGGCUUAAUUCACGUGCCCCUUCAUGGAAAUACAGCCAUACAUCCUCUGUAUGUAAAAUAGUCUCUCAGCGGGACUCGUCUCGAGGCGUCACAGCAUGUGAACUGCCUUUGAAAAGGGCUAUUACCAUGUCAUCUGUAUGUGAGGUUAGUGGUAACUCAUCUGUCGCACAUCUGUGCUUGUCCUGGCGUGAAGUGUUGUUUUAAUUCAUUGUGGUUGCAUGAGAUACUUCAGUGUGGAAAAUUGUGUUUGUGGAGCCGCUAUGGCUUUUCAGUUUAGAUAAAUCCUUGGGUUGAUAGACACUAGUGUAAAAGCAAGGAGUUGUUGCUCUAGGGGUAAAGUGUUAGUUUACAUGGAAUAUAUAAACUGUAUAUUUUCCUACACAGACCUAGUGGGUGAAUGAGAGGGAUGAAAACUGUGGAAAAGUGUAGAUUUUGACAUGAAAGGCCUCAAAGACAUUAAACAAAUACAUCAAAUCUUCUCUAAAACAUCUUAGCUUAAAGGUUACCCUUGUUUGGAUGGUUUUAGGGGAGACUCUGGAUUAUCAAAGCAUCUUCUGUUGUCAGGAGCCCAGAAACAUUCAGAGAACUGAGAAACAGGCUUGGCUUGAAACUGCCAUUCAAAACCACACAUCCCCCCCCCCCCCAAAAAAAAGAAAAGAUUUUCCAUUAGCAUUGGUGAUAUUACAAUCUAUCAACACAAGAGAAUUUAUACCGGCAGCGUGCAACCAACAUGUCGUAAAUGUUUACUUCUUAAAUAUAACUAUGAUUAUGAAACACAAUGAGCUACUGAAACGGAGAGAACAUUUUAGGAUAAAAACCUUCCUUUAAACUUUAUCGUUCUAUCCAACUCCAAACAAGGCUGGACAUUUCAGAACGCUGUAAUGAUGUCAUAACGUUUGUCUUUUUCGUAACAUUUUUACGUACAUUUACAAAUAUUAUUGUAACUGCCCUGCUGAUUCCUGCCAGUAAAUCCAGAAGUGAAAGUUUACUUUCCCUCCAGUGGAAGUUGAGAUUUUGGUGAGCUCUUGUUAGCUCUGAGCACAACUGUUACUGUGAAGAGAAAUACAUUCCAGUCUUUUUGGCAUUUGCACUAGAAUACGUUGAAAUGUUACACUAACAACGGUUAUGGCAUCUAAUGAGUCACUAUCAACUGCCUGUAUUUUUUAAUUUUUUAACGCCAGCCCUCUAAACGGUAAAGUUGAAAGGUGAGAGGUAAAAUUAAAUUAGCCACCACCGUAGAGGUAAUCCCUUUAGUCCAACACAAUUGGCAAUGUUCGCAAGUUUGCUGAUGAUGUGACCUCUUCACUGUCUGGUAAGGCAGCUGGAGACCCCAUGUGGAGGGGCUGGAACUAACACAGACUAUGGUAAACAGUGGAAACUGGUGACAACAAAAUGUGUAAGAAAAUGGGGGAAUCGAUUAUACAAAAAAAAGGAUUAAAAAGGGAUAAACAAUUGAAAAAGGGAACCGAUGUUCCUACAAUUGAAUCAAGAGGGUCUUUCUUUUUAAUUCAGGGUGAAAAUAAUUUCAGGCUCCAGAGGUUAAGAAUGUAAAAUAUGAGUUCUUAUGCUAUUUUUUCCUUAAUUGCAUGUCAUAUACUCUAUGUGGAGCCCAGUCACUGUAAAACUGUCUCAUCGAUGGAAUUGAAUCAUUCUUUUUGGAAACUAA